ACAAUCCAUUGCGGCAUGGCACGUAACUGCGGUUGUCCAAUCCCAUUCAGGAUUACCCUUUACACCAUUAUCUGUGCAUUAAAGAGGAAGAUAACGACUUUUUCCCAUCUGAAGAGUAAUUAUUUGUCUGUCUGCAUAAAUCUGCAACCCACUUUUGUAGAAAACCCGCAAUUCUCAGUUUUUACAAAGAAUUCAAGGACAUAUUUUGACCCAGAUCGUGAAAUGGACGCUAAAGGCCGUAAAGUGGUAGUUUGCGACAAUGGAACGGGUUUUGUAAAGUGUGGAUAUGCAGGUUCAAACUUCCCUGAUCAUAUUUUCCCAAGUAUGGUUGGACGUCCUAUGAUCCGCGCCAGCACAAGAAUUGAUGACGUAGAGGUGAAAGAUAUAAUGGUUGGGGAUGAUGCCAGUAAACUCCGAUCCAUGCUGGAGUGUAAAUAUCCGAUGGAGAACGGUAUAGUCCGGAGCUGGGAGGAUAUGCAACAUGUCUGGGACUACACGUUUGGUCCAGAAAAGAUGAAUAUAGAUCCUAAAGAAUGCAAGAUUAUGCUGACGGAGCCCCCCAUGAACCCUCUCAGGAACAGGCAGAAGAUGAUCGAGGUGAUGUUUGAGCAUUAUGGAUUUGAAGGAGCGUACAUUGCUAUUCAAGCAGUACUUACACUUUACGCACAGGGUUUAUUGACCGGUGUUGUUGUUGAUUCUGGAGACGGAGUGACGCAUAUUUGUCCAGUUUAUGACGGAUUUUCUCUACCUCAUCUCACCAAACGUCUUGAUAUUGCAGGUCGAAAUAUUACUGAAUAUUUGAUCAAACUUCUGCUUUUGAGAGGAUACGCUUUCAACCAUACAGCAGAUUUCGAAACAGUCAGGAUGAUGAAGGAGAAGCUAUGUUAUGUUGGAUAUGAUAUCCAUGCUGAGCAGAAGUUAGCACAAGAGACAACAUUUCUUGUGGAACAAUACACACUUCCUGAUGGUAGAGUAAUUAAGGUUGGUGGGGAACGGUUUGAAGCUGCUGAAGCGCUCUUCCAACCUCAUCUUAUUAAUGUUGAAGGACAAGGUGUGGCUGAAAUGGUAUUUACUGCUAUACAAAGUGCUGAUAUUGAUAUGAGACCAGAACUUUACAAGCAUAUAGUACUGUCUGGUGGAUCAACUAUGUACCCUGGAUUACCCUCUAGGCUAGAAAGGGAAAUUAAACAGCUGUACCUGGAACGUGUACUGAAGGGUGAUACUGGACGCCUGGCUAAGUUUAAGAUCAGGAUCGAGGAUCCUCCCAGAAGGAAGGAUAUGGUGUUCAUCGGUGGAGCUGUUCUAGCAGAUGUUAUGAAGGACAAAGAGGAGUUCUGGAUGACGAAGGCAGAAUAUGAAGAGAAGGGUUUAGAUGUUCUAAGCAAGCUUGGUCCUUUAAAGGAUUAGGAGAAAAACUAUGUGCAUUUUAACAAAAUUCUAUGCUUUUGAACAUUUUCCUCUGUGUGUAUGACUUUGAACACAAUCCUGUGCAUUAGAAUUAAUUUUCUGAACAUCAAACCAGAUAUGCUGAGCAUUUUUUCUGAACAUCAAACCAGAUAUGCUGAGCAUGUUUUCUGAACAUCAAACCAGAUAUGCUGAGCAUGUUCUUGUGUAUUUUAAAAAAUUCGUGAAUUAGAUUAAAUAUUUUAAGAAUAUUUUAAUAUUAUAAAAACAAUCUUCUCACCUGAACAAAAUCUUCCAGAGUUGAAAAGAACUUUGCACAAAAACAGUAUUGGUGAAUAACAAAAACUUUUGUGAUUUUUAAACUUUGAUUUACUUCUUUGUCGAUUUAAGUUAUCAUUUUAUUUUACAACAAUACCCCCCGUCUGAGCAAAAACUAUCAUAUUAUGCUUCUACUUAGAUAAUUCCUUUUCUCUGCAAAAAUUUAUAAAGUUUUGACAUUUUUUUAUUUUUCAGACAAAAAAAA